GAUUCAGAAAAAAAAAGAAAACAGUAUGGAGACGAAGUUACCGCAAAAGAAGUAUUAUCGUCAAAGAGCUCAUUGCAAUCCGAAUUCGGAUCACAAUUUAGAUUAGUGAGUUAUUAAUUUCGCUUAAAAUGUAACACAUGAACUGUAAAAUCAGAGCUUUGCUAUUUACAAAUAUAUUAAUAGACUUGACUCUGGCUUAUAAAGUGGUCAUGGGGCUGGUGCGGGCCAUCUCAGCAGGCACGUACCUCACACCACAGAAGCCGGGUCGAUUGAUCAGAGCCAAACGCUAACUGAACACUGAUUUCAACACCGACAACCCCAUAAACAACUACACCCAAAACAAUGGCAAAUGCUUCACUGUGCCUCGAUGUAACACAGUGCACUAUAAACAAUCAUUCUUCCCAUGCAUAAUUGCAUGGAACCACCUGGACAAUGCAGCUGUGGACUCAACAUCGGUCGAAGGCUGCCCUAGCAUCUGCUAGGAGCUGUUAGAAUAGCAACAUCCCUUGCCCAGAUGCCAUUAUAUGGAUGCAGCAACGAACAGAACCAGAACGUUCCACACUCACGCAGCACUGACUGAAAAUAGUGAUAGUGUCUGAAGUGAGUCACUCACUCACUCAUUGUUUUUGAGUCAUUGGGACUGAUGUUUUUUCAAAGUAAAAUGUAUUCUAGCAUCGGUAAUUUAAAAAGUUUAAAAAUUGUUUUAAAAAAUUUUAAAACCAUAUAAAAUCACUUUAUUAGGCCUAUUCAGUGACACAAUAUUGAAAACGCAUGUUCAUUUAUCUAUAAUUGUCAGCCAAAGUGCUGAUGAACUGUGAAAAUAAUUAAAUAAGUCUACAUCGCCAAAGUAACAAUGAUAAGCAAACUCGUGCAAAUAGGCUUAAUAGGACAGAAAAAAGAGCACCAUCGUCAUUAUCAGUGGCUAUACAGCCCAUGUGAUGUAGGGCCCUGGCCUGCUCCACCACAUCCUUCCAUUCAGAGCAAUCCAUGGCUUUCUGCCUCCAUGCACGAACCCCCAACUGAUGUACAUCCAUCUCCACCUAAUUGAUCCAUCUCAGCCUUGGGCGACCGGUGAGUCGUCUUCCCCUAGGCUUCUGCAUGUAUAUAACUUUUGCUGCUCUCCAUUCUGGCAUCCUUUCAACAUGUCCUGCCCAGCAUAGUCUGCCUUUUUUUAUCAUUGUGAAUAUGGGUGGGUCUUUGAGGAGAUACUGAUCUUCUAUCAAGCGGCCCCCCAGGUGGCGGAUAGGGGAAAGCCCACCAGAUAUGGAGGUUACCGGGGAAAUAAAAUACCUGGGGCGGACCAAAAUCAGUACCUACUGCCUUGUAGGAAGUGGAGGGAUCCACAUAGGCUAGGGACAAAGGCAGCUACCCUGAGAGCUGCAAGGGGCAUCCCCACAGACGGUUGUGCGCAGGGCUGACGACCCUGUCACAUAAAAAAGCAAGUGUUACAAAAGUUAAACGGCAUACAGAAACUAUAUACAGAAAAAAGAGCACCACAAGUCCCGAAUUGUAUCUUCAGUUUGCGCUUAGCUCGCAUCCACAUAUUCUCAAUGUUAUGUGUGUGGACUUCUGCAUCAUUCGGGUCAAUGAAGUUGUGUUGAUGGACAACUGAAUGUUGAUAUAUUCCACCUCCUAUCCUGUCCACUUGGGCAUAAGCUGCCCAACCGUCGGAUAUGAUGUGAGAACCUGGCAAAAUAUGCUGCUGUAUGCAAGCCUGCAAAGUUGCUGCAUUUCUGUUCGGGUCUUCAAGCAGAAAGCAUUUCCUAUCGUUGUUUUCAAUAUUGGCUCCUCUCAUGCUCCUUUUGCAAACAUCCAUAAAUCUGAGGCCUCUCCAUACAGCAGCAUCUUUGGGAUACGGCCUUCCUUCAUUCUCCUUACAAGACCUAACCAGCGAAGAUGCUGGAUAGAAUGAUGUAGUGCAAUAUUGACGAAGCAUUGGUAGUCACUAUUUUUUAAUUAAAUCACUGAAAUCAGUCUUUAACUUUAAGUAGGUAUGUGAAAUUUUAGUUUUUUUUUCUUUCAAAUACUUAAUCAUUUUGAUUAUUUUUAAAUCAUAAGAUAAUUUGAUGUCUCUGAAAGUGAAAGUCUGUUAUUUUGUUUGCCAAAUUUCCUUAGCCCAGUAUCUCCAGAUUUAAAGGAUUGGUCUUCAUUUUACCCAGAACAUUUCACAUCAAACACCACAGAGAAUGUGACCAGUGAAAAAGAGGAGUCAUGUAGUAAACAAGUGGAAUUUGCAGACAUUGGGUGUGGUUAUGGUGGAUUGUUGGGUAAAUUAUUAUUUAAGUUUUCACUCUUUUAUUUUAAGUACUGGUAUCAGUAUUAUUAGGUAAAUACACUAAUUUACUUUUUCAUUAAUGUUUUACAAUAUUUUAUUUGGUAAACUUCAUUUCACGAUUACAUUUUUUUUUCUUUUUAUAUUUUCACAACAGUGGCAUUGUCCCCAUUAUUCCCACAGACCCUGAUGCUAGGUAUGGAAAUUCGUAUUAAAGUCAGUGAUUAUGUACAAAAGAGAAUUGAAGCAUUAAGAUUACAACAUCCUGGUCAAUAUGAUAACAUUGCCUGCAUUAGAUCUAAUGCUAUGAAGUAUUUACCAAAUUUUUUCCGCAAAGGACAGGUAAGCCCACACACUAUUUCUCUUUUAAAAUAUUAUCUAAAGGACUUGUAGUUAAAAAUCUGAGGUUACAGUGUUUUUUAUAAAUAUUUUUAUUGACUUGAAUUGUGCUUAGCUUUGUUUAGUAUCAAUUAUUUUAAAUUUAUUUUCAUUUUCAAUUCUCAUCUACAGCUUUCAAAAAUGUUUUUCUUGUUCCCUGAUCCGCAUUUUAAAAAGGCGAAACACAAGUGGCGUAUAGUUAACAAGACUUUAUUGGCAGAGUAUGCAUAUGUUUUGAGACCUGGUGUAAGUCUAUUUUUUUAACCAUCAAAAGAAGUUAAGCAUAUUUGUGGGGUAAUAAUUACCGAAAUUGUGAAAUAAUUCACUUGAUUAUUUAUUUGUAUAGAGACAGUUGCUGAAAGAACUAUUUUAAUACGUUAUGCUAAAUCAGUUCCUCAUUGGGUCUUAAUUAAAUAGGUGGUGUUUUAAAAAAACAAAUACUUUAUCCAUCUAAACUAGUGUUUUUCAACCGGGGUGCAGCGGAACUUAAGGGCAAAUGGUUUCAUGCGCGCCUUGUCAGGUAUUCCUCUGGUGGCCAGUAAAAAUAAAAAAUGAACGUCUGAAAUUGCCAAUGACCAACUCUGGCAGUUCCUGCUGUAAUUAUUAACCGUUUAUCCACUUAAUUACUGUUCGGGUUUUUGUCCUAAUGAGUGUUGGAAUUAAUUUUCAUUUCAUAACACUGUUGUUUUUGCGCAAGAAUGGACUAAUUUAUUGAAGAGAAAAUGGAAUGAUGCCAUGGCUGACAACCAAACUAAACUCAGAAGAAGUCAUUGAAGCUUCUGCUAGUAACGCGUCAUUUGAGCCCAACUUUAUCAAUUGGUAUAGUUUGCCAUCACAGUGACAAUUUUACUUAGUUAUGGGAUUCACUUGGGAAUGGAAGGAGACCCAGACUGCCCUUUACCGCUCUAUGUUGUCUGCAGGGAAAAGCUUGCCAAUAGUGCCAUGGCAUUAGCUAAAUUGAAGGGACACUUAUCAACUAAUCAUCCAGAUUAGGUGCCGAAGUUGCCAUAUGAUCACUUUCAUCACAGUUGUGGCUGAAACAAAAAAAGUUACCUUUUGGUUGAUUUUCAGUUUCUGCUGACAGUGAUUUAGGCUUUUAGUCGUCUACCAGAAGUCAGACAGUUACUUUGUCAGUUAGCAAUCUAAUAUUCUGUUGUCAUUGUAUGACAUAUGACUAAUCCUCGACGAACACUGAUCACAGCUGCAUGAUGACCUAUUUGUCCAAUAUUUCCCAAAAUAAAAUUACAAUUAGGCUUAGGCAAAGGUAAAUAGUUUUUGUGGGAAAAAAAAAGGUAAGAGUAAAAGGGUGGUAAUAAAAUUAUUUGUAAAAAAAAAAAUUAAUAAAAUUUUGAAACCCUAGCCUAGGUUUAUUCAAUUCAUUCUAAUGGUAUAUCAUCUUCCUCAUAAAUGUUGUCAUUGACAAUAAAAGGUAAAUAAUGUGUAGAAACGUUUGUUUCUGAACUACAACAUACAUGUAUGUUUGACUCCAAGUACUAACCAAUUUACACUGAACUAACUGCAAUUUAACGACUCUAGUUGCAAGUGUAGGUUUGUAAUGAUUUUAUCUGGAUUUCAUAACUACUAAUACUACUAAUAGUACUAAUUAUAAAAGUAUUGUUGAUGAUCUGAUGUUGAAUUUUUUAUUGCAUCCUUUUUUCACAACAUAGUUGUUAAAUCUUUUGCUGGUUUAUAUAUCUUUCGGUUUCAGAAUUGGCAGAAAGUCUUGUUAAGCUAGUUUUUAAAUCUUGUGCUGGGUUACAUAUGUAUCAGUAUUUGCCAAAGGUCUCGUUAGCUUUUGGCUUCGGUUUCAAUCGAAAGUCAUUUUUAAUUUUCGGUUUGGCAUCUGUCGAAACCAUAAAAUCACAUUCUGUCGGUCUCUAAUCAGGCUGUAAUGCACAAGAAUGUGGUGUACUUUGUGAGAGCACUAAGCUCUAAUUAAAAAAAAAAAUGCAUGAGAAAAAGUUCAAAAUAAAAGUUAUAAGUGACAAAAGCCAGUUGUGUUGUUGAGAUUGUUGCAAAGAAUAUGAAAUAUCUUAGGCUUGCCGAAACAACAACCUUCAUGUCGAGAAUUUGUGAGAAUUCCAUUUGGCGAGAUUGAUCUGACAUCAAUUAGAUUCCACUAGCAGACAAUAUAAGCAGACAUAUUUCAGAUGUGUCCAGUGACAUUGAAACCAAGUAACUGGUACUAUCAGUUAUUCUGGCCACAAGUUUAUUUUUUAAUUGGGCUACAGUUACAGUGCUUCACACACCUGUUUCAAUCAGUGUUUUUUUCCAAGUGUAGGAAAAUGUUUCUGUCCAUUUGGAAUAGAAACCCUUUUGUCUCUGCAUGUUGUUCUGCAAACAAUCUAAGCGCUCCAAAGGGUUCCAUUCCAAUUCCAAUAAAAAUAUUGAAAAACACUAAUCUAAACAGUAAAUUUUUAUUAGUUUGUUUAUGGAAUUGUACUGUAUAGUUAAAUAUUUCCAGGGUUUAGUGUAUACAAUCACUGAUGUAAAAGAUCUUCAUGACUGGAUGGUUGACCAUUUUACAGAGUUUCCACUUUUUAAGAGAGUUAGUGAUGAAGAGCUGGUAGGUUGUUAGAAAAUGAAAGUUGUAUAAUUUUCCUUUAUAAAUAUACCAUCUCAAGCUUUGAAAAUAAUUUAUGAAUAUUUUCAAGCUUUUACAUUUAAAGAAAAUAGUGAUCCAUCAAAUAUUCAAGUGGUUUUUAAAAAUGAAAUACUGUAGAUUUUUUUUGGUGGCUUAACAUGUUGAAUAAAAUAUUUUUUUCUCCCAAUUUCCUAGAAAGAGGAUAUUGUGGUGGAAAAAAUUUACAAUAGCACAGAGGAAGGCAAGAAGGUCACACGCAACAAAGGAGAAAAGUGGUUGGCUGUAUUUCGCAGAAUUGAAAAUAGGCCCAAUGAUCAGCCUUGACAUGGAGAUUUCAUUUGAUUUAAUUGUAUGCUUUUAAAUAAAAAAUGAUUUUCUCAAGUACUGCAUUAUGUUGGGUAUAAAUCAAAUAUUACUAUCUCUAUUCUAAGUAGAUGCAACGGUUGGAAAGAUGCAGUUAUUUUUUCUUUUAAUGAAAUGAAGGAACAAUGUAACAAUUAUUUUAUCGUGGGCCCUUAAUAUACAGAAGAAACAGCAUCAAUUGAAUUGAAUGUAAAAGUUUUCAUUAAAAAAUAUUUGUUUUCUGUUUGUUUAUACAUAAAUUAUUUAACUCCAAUAAUUUAUUUUUACUUCGCCAAAAGAUUAAUAUAGCUUUUUAGAAAUUGUUCGCUUGGCGGUACAUAAAUAUGUGGAUGUUCUUUAAUGAACUAUAUGUUGUAAAUAUGAUUUGUAUUUAUCCAUUGUCCCAAUGAAAAUGUAGUUACUUGGCAGAUUAAUUGACCUACAGAAAAUACUUUUCAUUGUUCAAAAUAAUGUGUUGUUUUAUCACAUUUUUACCAAAUUAAAUAAACUUUAAAUAGAUUGAAUUUAAAUGAUUGAGUUGAAGAAAGUAAAAAGGGUGGGGAUUCAAUCUGGUAUUCUGAGACUUGAGAUCAUAAUCAUAUUAAACAAAUG